GCGCCGCCGCGCAUGCACCCUCUGCACAUCCAUCGAUCGAUCAAACCCUAGCUAGCUAGCUAGCGAGCCUGCCGGCGCCGGCCGGAGAGAGCAAGCUAUAAGUUCGUAUACUUCUCGGCGGUCGACGAUGAGGGAGCUGAUGCGGAGGAUGAGCUUCUCGGACCGCGUGGGCGACGGCGGCGGUGGCGCGGCGGCGGCCGUGAAGCGCGGGCUGAUCCGGAGGCUGAGCUUCUCGGACAGGGUGGUCUCCGUGGGAGACGGCGGCAGCGGUGGCGGCGGGUCGUCGUCGACGCUGCUGAGGAGGCUGAGCUUCUCGGACCGCGGCGGGGACGGAGGAGGAGGAGGCGUGCCGCGCGGGUGCGUGCCGGUGCUGGUCGGCGGGGAGGAGGACGGCGAGCGGUUCGUGGUGCGGGUGGAGGCGCUGCGGCACCCGGCGUUCGCGGCGCUGCUGGAGAAGGCGGCGCAGGAGUUCGGGUACAGGCAGGAGGGCAUCCUCCGGCUCCCCUGCGGCGUCCACCAUUUCCACCAAGUCCUCGCCGCCGCCGACGCCAAAAACUGAUCGAUCCAUUAACUAAUUAAUCACCGCGCUUAAUUAGUUCAAUUAUGCAAGUUAAGCAGACGAUGAUCUCCACCUCUUUAAUUGAAUGUCCGAUAAAUUACUUAGUUUAGU